AUGGGUUUGUGCUUAUCUAGAAAACUAUAGAUAAAUAAAAACUAAAGCUCGGCCAAUAAAAAUUUGGAAAAAACUUUUUAAAAUACAAAGUUUUAUUAGGAAAAAUACAUGAAGGAAGUUUUUGAUUUUGAAAAAUAGUCUGAUAUGAAAAUGACAAAUAUCAAAACCUCAUAGGUACUUUUUUAAAAUGAUUGUGAUAAGUCAACUGAUGCAGCGCUAAAUAACUCUUUUUUAAGAAGGAAGGCCCUAUCAAAAAGUAGAAUAGGUGUUUCAACAAAUAGAAAAGGAGCAAUUCCUAUUCUUAACACAAAAUAAAUUAGUUAUAAAGAUUCAUUUAAAUAAAAAUAUCAUAAAGUCAUAGGACUAUUAUUGUGUAAUUUAAUUAAUAAUUGUAGCUCAUUAAAAUUUGAGUGUCGUAUAGAAUAAUUAGAAUUAGCAAUUAGCUAUUUGUUAAUAGUUUAAAAAAAACGAUGAAAAGGACUAAAAUUUUAUAAAGUGGUUGAAAGAAAAAAACAUCGUAAAUGUUAUUUUUUAUGUACUAGGAACACGAUAAUAUUGUAGGUGUUUAAGAAAUAUAAGUAGAUGAUUAAGAUUAUUAUGUAAUUUAUGAAUACUGGAUUGAUUCAUCAUUAAAAAAUAAAACUGAAUUUCAAAAAGCAAUUUUAAUUUAUUAAAUGAUUGAAUCAAUUCAGUAUUUACAUGAAAAUGACAUGAGACAUGGUGCUUUAACUUUAAAUAGUUUUAAAAUGAUCAAUAAUAAUGCUUUUGGAGUAUUAAAAUUAAUAGAAUUAAAUAAAGUGCAUGAUUUUUCAGAGUUUCCGAUUGAAAGUUGGACAAAUCUAUCCCCAGAGAGUCUUUCUGCUCUUGGGAAUAGAUCCAAAGCAAGAGAUAUUUGGGCUUUAGGAGUCAUUGCAUUAGAAUUGUUAAUGAAUGAACAUCCAUUUAUAAAAAAUAGUUAAGAUAGUUCAAUUCGUAGAAUAACAACUAUAAUAAAUAAUUUAAAUAAAUAAAAAAUUGACUAAAUAUUAAACAAUGUGGAUAAAGAUUUAAAAUAGUUAAUCUCUGGGAUGAUUUGUCUAGAUCCCCAAAUUAGAUUUUCAAUAAAUGAAUGUAAAACUAACAUUUGGAUCAAUAAACAAAUAAAUGAUUAUAUAUCAUCUUUGCUAUAGCCCUUAUAUAAUUUUGAUUAACAUAAAAAUAAUAGCAAAGCAAAAAUAAUGGUUAGAUAUUACCUUGUUAGACAUUUAGAUCUAAAAUAGUUUAACAAUCUUUUUAUUUUAUUUCAACAAAUAGAUUUAAACAAAAAUGGAAUUAUCACUGUAACUGAUAUAAGGAAUUAUUAUAACUCCAUAUAUUUGCCAUAAUAAUGCAAAGAUGAUUUAAUAAAUUGUUUAUAUUCGUUACCUAAAACCAUCGAACUUCAUAUUAUAGAGUUUAUUGGUUUGACAAGCAUUUUAACUUAUCCUAAACUAAAACAAUAUUAUUAUAUUCAUAACCUUGAACAUAUUAAAUUGAAUAGUUAUCUUAAUUAAAUAAAUAUUUCUAAAAGAGUAAUGAAUUUAAUUACUUCUGAUUUCACUUAAUCAGAAUUAGAGGAGAUUAUAACUCUUGAUUAAUUUAUUUAAUAUAUUAUUUGA